CAGGUCACUUUCAACAUGGAGAGUGGAGCAGGGAAGCAUUGGACUGAGGAGGAGGUUAAAGCCUUGUUAAGCGUCUGGUCAGAAAAAAAUAUCAGAAAGCAACUCCACGGCACCCUGAGGAAUAAAGGAAUAUUUAUCUACAUUGCUAAAAGGUUGCAGGAGUUAGGAGUUUGCAGGGAUUGGAAACAGUGCCGUGCAAAGUAUAAAAAUCUGAAGUAUGAAUACAGAACGGUUAAAUAUGCCCACAACUCUGGGGAUGUCACAAAAACCAUGAAGUUUUUCCAUGAUCUGGAUGCCAUAUUGCGCUAUGAACCUGUCACACAAUUAGCAGCAGAAGAAAACGGCAGGUGUUCUGCGACUGAGACGCAGCCGAACACAAGCCCCACAACAGAGAGCACGCAAGGUAAAAUAACAGUUUCUUUAGAAGAUGAUGAGGAUGCUCCAGGAGAUCCACUACUUUUUAUGUCCCAUGUCAGACCAGUUCAACUAGGUCAUGCAACGGCAGCAAUAGAGGCUUCCAAAACACCGGUUUUUAUUCCAACAGUAGCAAAUGAAGGAGGAAAACACUGGACUGUUAAUGAAGUCAGAGCUUUGAUAUGCGUAUGGUCAGACAAAACUAUCCAGCAACAACUGGAGGGGACAGUGAGAAAUAAAAGAAUAUUUGAACAGGUUGCUGCUAGACUUCAAAAGUUCGGAAUUGACAGGGACUGGAAGCAGUGCAGGACAAAAUAUAAAAAUCUGAAACAUGAAUACAAGAGUGUAAAAAGUGCCCAAGACUCAGGGAUUGCAAGUAAAAGUAUGAAAUUUUUUAAUGAACUGGAUGCUAUUCUGGGGCACAGCACCAUGGAACAAGCAAGUAAAUCAGAUAAUGAUGAAAGUGAGAGGCCUCCAGAAUGGACAGAAGCAAAAUCAGAAAAGGAUUCCAUAGAAAUGCCUGGAGACACAGGUGAAGAGGACUCUGUUAGUAAUAUGUCAGAAGAACUACGGGUUGCAGAUAUAAAGAAAGUUUCUGACUCAGAGCAGCAAAUGCCCACCCGAGAAGGAAAAGACAGAGAAAUCCUUGAAGAUGAUGGGGACUUUGCCAGCUCCACCCCAGCAGCUCCGGAAGCUACACAAAUAAAGAAGGAGACGAUUGACAUAGAUGACGAUUCUAUAAGCACUACCUCAGAAGACAGAUCUUGUACGCCAGUAGCAAAACGGAUAGUCGGGACAGACAAUCACAUUCCCUUGGAAGAAACACAGAAUCACUUUAAAGUUAUUACAGUUAAUGAUACUGGAGCAGGCAAACACUGGAGUGAUAAUGAAGUCAGAGCUCUGAUAAACAUAUGGUCAGAUGAAAAGAUACAACAAAUGCUUGAAGGGGCCACAAGAAAUAAAGAAAUAUUUGAGGAAAUUGCCAGAAGGUUAAUGAAACGUGGUAUAGACAGAGACUGGAAACAAUGUCGCACAAAGUACAAGAACCUAAAAUAUGAAUACCGCGCGCUGCAGAAGGAAAAUGAGCAUCUUGGUAAUCCCAGGAGAAAAAUGAGAUUUUACGAUGAAGUUGACUGUAUCUUAAGAAGACAGCCUCUGGGUCCCUCGGGCUGGGGAUGUGAAAGUUCAAGUCUCCUAUCAGUUUCAGUGGGAGAUAUUACAGCAAACACAGGAUCCUUGGGUAUCAAGAGGAAAACAUGGACUGAUGAGGUGUCACCUGUUCCACUUAAGAAAAGUGCUUCUGAAAACACCAUACUCCACUUCCAAAAACUAUUAACAGAGAGAGUGCACACAGUAACAGAAGGCAAAAAGUUACUGUUAGAAAGGCUUUGUAAGCAGGAAGAAAUGCAAGACCUGAACAGAACACAGCUGUAUGCUGAUCCAUCAGCCAUACAACAGGUUGGUCUAAUGAACUUUCUACAAAAUUAUGACAUUCCAAAAAGGAGGAGAAAAAUAGCUGCUGUCCAAUUACCUCCUGAGAGGGAUGCCACCUCUUCUACACCUUACACGAACCUAAGUCAGUUUUACAUCGCCAUAGACAUGUCAGGUAGACAAGAAGUUUCACUCUAUCGCGGUGAUGGCGGCCGGCAGCAGGGGCGGAUGCGACACAAGCGAGAUGCAGCCGAGGUCCACAACGGGUCCCAGAGCUGCUCCUCCGGCCGGGCCGGGCCGGGGGAAGCCGGCAGGCGGCGGGGCGUUCCUUGCUCUUUGCCGCCCGCUCCUUCCUCCCGCGGCCGCCGCCGCGGCCGGGCCCGCCAGCGAGACGCCGCUUUUCGGAGGGUCCAUCCCCAUCCCGACCCCGACUCCCCCCCCCCCCCCCCGCCCGCCCCUUACCUGUGCUGCAGCCCCACCAGUCCCAGGGUGAUGACAUGGGGCACGUCCAGCUCGGUGGGCCAGGCGCCGGAGGCGAUGCAGCCGAACACGCCGCACUCCUCACGGAUGCCCAGCUCCUCCAGCUCCAUGGCGCCGGCGGCACGUGGCGGCAGGCGGCCCCGCUCCCGCUCUCGCUGCCGGCCCCGCUGUGGCGGCUCCCGCGCGCAGCCGCCGGUGCCUGCAGCCGCUCCCGCCGCCGCCAUGGCACCCGCAGCAUCAGACCUGAAACUUGGUAAGAAAGUUAAUGAAGGUAAGACGAAGGAAGUGUACGAGCUGCCGGAUAUGCCGGGCUGCGUCCUCAUGCAGUCGAAAGACCAAAUAACGGCGGGGAACGCGGCCAGGAAGGACCGCAUGGAGGGGAAGGCUGCCAUUUCCAACACCACCACCAGCUGCGUGUUUCAGCUGCUGCAGGAGGCGGGAAUCAAAACAGCUUUCGUCAGGAAACAGAGUGACACAGCAUUCAUAGCAGCUCACUGUGAAAUGAUCCCUAUUGAAUGGGUGUGCAGAAGAAUUGCUACUGGUUCAUUCCUCAAAAGAAACCCUGGUGUCAAAGAAGGCUAUAAGUUUUACCCACCCAAAAUCGAGAUGUUCUACAAGGAUGAUGCUAAUAACGAUCCACAGUGGUCCGAGGAGCAGCUAAUUGAAGCAAAAUUCUGUUUUGGUGGGCUCACUAUUGGCCAGACUGAAGUGGAUAUUAUGGCUCGUUCUACUCAAGCUAUUUUUGAGAUCCUGGAAAAAUCAUGGCAGCCCCAAAACUGCACUCUGGUAGACCUGAAGAUUGAAUUUGGUGUUAAUAUUCUGACAAAAGAAAUUGUUCUUGCUGAUGUUAUUGACAAUGAUUCAUGGAGACUGUGGCCAUCAGGAGACAGAAGCCAGCAGAAGGACAAACAGUCCUACCGGGACCUGAAAGAAGUGACUCCUGAAGCCCUGCAAAUGGUUAAGAGAAACUUUGAAUGGGUUGCAGAAAGAGUAGAGUUGCUUCUGAAAACAAAGAGCCAAGGUAGAGUUGUGGUGUUGAUGGGAUCCCCUUCUGACCUCAGUCACUGUGAAAAAAUAAAAAAGGCAUGUGCAACCUUUGGAAUUCCUUGUGAGUUAAGAGUGACCUCUGCUCACAAAGGGCCAGAUGAAACCCUGAGGAUCAAAGCAGAAUAUGAAGGAGAUGGAAUCCCAACAGUGUUUGUUGCUGUAGCUGGCAGAAGCAAUGGUUUGGGGCCAGUAAUGUCUGGUAACACUGCUUAUCCGGUUGUCAACUGUCCUCCGCUCUCAGCUGACUGGGGUACUCAGGAUGUGUGGUCCUCUCUCAGACUACCCAGUGGUCUGAGCUGUCCUACCACUCUGUCACCUGAAGGAGCUGCCCAGUUUGCUGCCCAGAUAUUUGGGUUAAACAACCAUUUGGUGUGGGCCAAACUGCGAUCAAACAUGUUAAACACCUGGAUCUCGCUGAAGCAGGCUGACAAAAAACUUCGAGAGUGCACCUUGUAAGUCAUACAAACAAGUAACUCUUACUAGUUACGCAAAGAUAAUGGCGUGCAUAUUCGUUCCUAUUAGGAUUUCCUUUUGGAUGAGCUGAAAAGUCCUGCGUCCUUUCUUACAGAAGAAAGCAUUGUUAGAGCAGCAGAUGAAGUCUGUUGUGCCCUAUCCUUCCCUUGUGUAUUUUUUUAAUAUAACAACUUAGUAAAAGAUGGGGAAGUAGUAUUUUAGGUAUCUCUUUCUGUUGCUCCAUAAUGGUGCUGUUCUGCUUUGUAGUGUAUACUGUUAACUACAGACUGUCAAGAGAAUGAUUUGGUGCGAUCUAAAUAGAAUUCAACUAGUCUUCUGUAUUUCUGUAACAGUCACAUUCUUCCAUAGUAAUUAUGUAUGUCUUGAACCUUAUUAACUCAACUGGACUGCUAACUAAAGCCAGUGCUGAUGCUGUUCUGCUUGCAAUGAUGGUAUGCUUUCUUUAGCAAUAAAAUGGCAACAUACGCUGUAUUAAUAGGAAAGGGGGCUGGAAAAAUGUUUUAAGAGCCUGAAAAUAAAUACUUGCCUUAUUUAAAAAAUGUAUAUACAUACAUGUGUGGGGGGUUUUUUAAGUGUGUGUAUACAUAACCCAUUGAUAAAGCUGACACCAAUUCUCUUGUUCGUUAACAAGCUAUAAACACGAGCGGUUUGAAUGAACUGUAACUAGGCUUGUUGCCUUCUUGCUGCAACUCUUGCCUGGUCCAGUCUUUGCCCUUUUAAAUGCUAGGCAGAUCUCUACCUUCAGUUGUUCUAAAGGGCCUAUGUGAUGUUGUCAGACUGUCUUCAUACAUGUCAAUAACUCUAGCUAUUCUAUAUCUAUAUUUCCUCAUUGUUUCUAUGGGAAAUCUUACUGAACUGAAGGGGGGAAUAAAGAGUAAAGCAACAAACUACUGGGGGGAAAUGUAAGCAUGACUGUCUUGUCUUUGCACACACUGAUCUUCUGAGUAGGUACGAUUCUAACAAAUAUGCAAUUACUCAAUGUAUGUAACUUUCAUGCUUUUACAAUUAUAAAUAAACUAUUGAAUUCAAAGCUUC